AACGUAGUUUAUAUUCAACAACAUGCUGUCUCUGUGUGUCUUUGCCCCCGAGGGACACAUGAAGUGAUUCAGUCUUUCCUAUCGAAUGGAGGAACUGAAACCUUUUGGGACUGCUACAUUCAUUUCACAAAUCCUCCCAUCACAUCACCCCUCUGCAUGUAUCUUUUUUUAUUUCUGACUGUUUUCGUUUUUCUGUCACAAACACAAGUUCACAGGAGGACAGCACAGCACCUCUCCACUUACCCUGCUGUAGCCAUGGCCGAAAGGACCUGUCCUGAUGGGAAGGAGUGGGACAUCCUUCUCAGGAUCUGUUUUAAAAUGAGUGCCACCCGUAAGCUUCACCCACCAACAGAGCCCAUCCUGACUGCAAAGACAAGUUCUGGCAAGUCAACCAGCCCACCAAAUGUGUUGAUGCUGAGUCAGACUCUGUGGAUCUCCGUGAUCCUGGUCACUCUGGGGUCCAUCUUGGCUCUGACCAUUUGGAUUGUCAUAUUUAGACGGCAGACCAAAGCCCGUGGAUACUACGAGGAUCCAGUCACUGAACAAGAGGUUCUUAAGAAAGCAGAGCCAAAAGCCAAGUUUCACCCGCCCCACUCAGACAGAAACGGUCAGACCCUUCAGAGAGCGGCGAACGGAUCCUCAUCCUGUCAUCAGUUGCACCCCGGAGCCCAAACGGACCCAAAGUGGGAGGAUGGCUUCAGCAUUUGCAGGGAACCUGCAAGGCAUGUGUCUAAAGACGGAAACGGAGGGCUGCCUGCAUGCAGCAUUGUGGCAGACCACAGAGUCCCACUUCCUGCCACAGAGCUGGGAGGCACUGCGUUAGUUACAACUAAAACUGUAGUGUAAGCUGCACCUGUGUGUGUCGCUGUGUACUUAUAAUAUUAUGAGUAUAAUUAUUUUUACAGUUACAUAAUAUAGAGUCAUCUUCAUUCCUUCAUGAACAAAAAGCAAGAAUUCAUGUGAAUCAUGACGCUCUAGUUGGUUUAUUGUAAAGGUCAGGAUGCCGUUGUGUUUAUUGCUGUUCUCCAUGUUUUACAUGCUCUUGGGGUUAAAUGUUAUUCAUCCAUAAUUUAAUUGUGUUUGUGUAUGAUUUCUACAUUUCUGUCAUGGGUGAAACAU